CUGGUAGCGAGUCUUUUUUCCACCACCAUGGACGGUGUUCCAACUCCUUUGCGGUGCUUCGAUGAGCAGCACACGGCAGAAAUGUUUGAGGAUGACGGGGUGGAAACGGUGACUUCGGUGGAGCAGAAAAAAGUGGAGGAGGCCAUCGAAGCGGCCAUCAAUGUUUACAAGCAGAUGCACAGCUUUCCUCAGCCAACGUUGUUGCGGGAACAACAUUACCAGUAUCUCAAGAAAGGUUUACGUAACCUAUCGGAUGCUUACGAGUGUCUGGAUGCGAGCAGACCGUGGCUUUGCAUCUUCUGUCUCCUCAGAGUGUGUCAGUUCCUGGCUCUGUGUCAGAGCCCAACAGGGGGGUUUGCUGGCGGACCGGGCCAACACGCCCACCUGGCGCCCACCUACGCCGCCGUCAACGCCCUCUGCGUCAUCGGCACAGAGGAGGCCUAUAACGUGAUAAACAGGGAGAAGCUUUUAGACUUCCUGUGGUCGCUGAAGCAGCCAAACGGCUCCUUUGUGAUGCACAUUGGAGGAGAGGUGGACGUCAGGAGCGCUUACUGCGCCGCCUCUGUAGCGUCGCUCACGAACAUCAUGACGCCGGCGCUGUUUGAAGACACGACCAACUGGAUCCUGAGCUGUCAGAACUGGGAGGGCGGCCUGAGCGGCGUGCCGGGCCUGGAGGCUCACGGCGGUUACACGUUCUGCGGCACGGCCGCCCUCGUCAUCCUGGGCAAAGAACACAUGCUGGAUCUGAAGGCCUUGCUGCGCUGGGUGAUCAGCAGACAGAUGCGGUUUGAAGGAGGCUUCCAGGGUCGMUGYAACAAACUGGUGGACGGAUGUUACUCCUUCUGGCAGGCUGGACUCCUGCCUCUGCUGCACAGAGCCUUAUUCAACGACGGAGAGUCUGAGCUGAGUCGGCAGCGGUGGAUGUUCGACCAGCUGGCCCUGCAGGAGUACAUCCUCCUGUGCUGUCAGAAUCCAACAGGCGGCCUUCUGGACAAGCCUGGCAAAUCCAGAGACUUUUACCACACGUGUUACUGCCUCAGCGGCCUCUCCGUAGCGCAGCACUUUGGGAACGUGGAGCAUUACUACGAGGUGAUCCUCGGCACGGAGGAGAACCGGCUGGCUCCCACUCAUCCAGUUUACAACAUUUGUCCCGACAAGGUGGCUAAAGCCGUGCAGCACUUCCGCCAGCUGUCGGUUCCUGACGCCAGCAGGCAGGCGGGACCUCCUGCUGGCGCCGAGCCGUCAGAACCGGCCUCUGCCGCCGCCGGGCCUCAGUCCUAGGUCACCAGUCUCCAGGUACUGAACUGGAUCCGAUAGGAUUUCAUAAGGGAGCAGACAGGACGACGGGCCCUCGGUAGAGACGGGGGCCGGAGUUUAGCAGCAUUAUACCUCCGUACAGGUCAACAUUAUUGUCUGGACAGCUUAAACAUUCAGAGGAACUCCUGCUCAUAUUGCAGAUGGUUUUAUUCCUAUGAAAGGAAAAAUUGUAACUUUGUAUAAUUUCAGUAUCACCUGACUUAAUAAAGGUUUAUACAGCAGUUUU